CCCUCCUUCCCUCUCUCCUUCAUUUUACACUUUCUCCCUCACUCCUUCCACGCUCCCUCUUCCCAGGCUCACACGAAUUUUCUUCUCUUUUGUCCCUCCCUCCUUCACUUUUUGCACUUUCUCCCUCACUCCUUGUAACUCUCCCCUCCCAAGGCACAGACACACUCCAGUGUCCCCCUCUCUCUUUGGUCCCUCCCUCCCUCCCCGUCUUCCCUCCCACCUUCAUUUUGCACUUUCUCCCUCACUCCAUCAACUCUCCCCCUCCCACAACACCAACACAACAGAUCCCCAAUUUCCCCUCUUCCUCCUACCCUCCUUCCUCUCUCUCUCUCUCCCUCUUUUCCUUCCUUCCCUCCUUUUCCUGUCAUCUCCCCUCGUGGGCACGUUGACUCGUUUGCUCCCUUCCCUCCCUGGUGCUCUUUCUUUUCCUCUUCCUCCCUCCUUCUUCCAUCUCUCUCUCUCUCUCUCUCUCUUCCUGCCUCCUACUUACCUUACCCCCCCCCCCCUUUCCACACUCCCAGUGCACCUGAAACAAGACGAUCAGCCCCAGCAUCGCCAGCGCCAAGGAACCAGAAGCCAAAGCAGCAGCAGCAGCAGAAGCAGCAGCCUCCUCCUCUGCCUCUUCCUCCUGCUGCUGCUGCUUCAUCCCGGGCAACCAGCAAUGUCCCGAAGGAAACAGAGCAAGCCCCGGCAGAUUAAACGCCCCCUUGAGGAUGCUGUUGAGGAUGAAGAGGAAGAGUGUCUGUCUGAGGAAAAUGAAAUUAUCUCCAAAGAAGACUUUCCUCUGGAGGCAAACUUUUCUGCAGAAUUUGAGUCUGGAAAUUUGAGCUGUGAAGAAGUGGAGUACUUUUGUAAUAAAGGUGAUGAAGAGGGCAGCCAAGAGGCAGCAGAUUCUGAUGGGGAUGCACGGUUGGAGAAAUCUGGACCACUUGAGACAGAAGAGUGGGAUGGACCAGGGGAGCUAGAAGUUUUCCAGAGAGAUGGGGAGCGCAAGAUUCAGAGUCGACAGCAGCUUCCAGUUGGAACAACGUGGGGUCCAUUUGCUGGGAAGAUGGAUUUAAAUAACACCACACUGAAGACAAAGGCUCCAGUCCCUAUGGUGCUGACUGCUGGCCCCAAGUGGCUUCUGGAUGUGACUUGGCAAGGAGUGGAAGACAACAAAAACAACUGCAUUGUGUACAGCAAAGGGGGCCAGCUGUGGUGCACGACGACAAAAGCCAUUGCAGAGGGUGAAGAGCUAAUUGCCUUUGUUGUGGAUUUUGACUCAAGGCUACAAGCUGCCAGUCAGAUGACUCUUACCGAUGGGAUGUAUCCAGCUCGACUACUCGACUCAAUACAGUUGCUCCCUCAACAAGCUGCCAUGGCAUCCAUUUUGCCAACAGCUAUUGUGAAUAAGGAUAUAUUCCCCUGCAAAUCCUGUGGCAUUUGGUAUCGGAGUGAGCGAAAUCUGCAGGCUCACCUCAUGUACUACUGCAGCGGGAGGCAAAGAGAAGGAGCUCAGCUAUCAGAGGAGAAUGACGAAAGUAUUCAGCAGAUAUCUAGUAUCUGCCCCUUUCCACAGUGCACCAAAAGCUUUUCCAAUGCAAGAGCCCUGGAAAUUCAUCUAAAUUCUCACAGUGGAGUGAAAAUGGAAGAAUUUCUUCCCCCUGGUUCUAGCCUCAAAUGUACAGUUUGCAACUACACCGCUGACUCUGUGAUUAACUUCCAUCAGCAUCUGUUCUCACAUCUCACGCAAGCUGCCUUUAGAUGUACACACUGCCAUUUUGGCUUUCAAACUCAGAGGGAGCUGCUGCAACAUCAAGAUUUGCAUGUCUCUGGCAACAAACUGCAGAGAGAAAGUGAUACCGAACACUCUCCAGGGGGCAAUGAAGAGACUUUGCAGGGAACUGCAGAUCUCCUAAACAGAAAUGAUAGUUCUCAAAAGACAAUGCAGACUAAAGAUGCAAGUUCUGACACUGAACUUGACAAAUGUGAAAAAAAGACACCCCUUUUCCUUCCAAAUCAGAGGCCAGAAACGCAGACUGCCACAACUAAGCAGAGUUUUUCCUACACAAAAAUAAAAUCUGAGCCCUCAAGCCCAAGGCUUGCUUCAUCUCCAGUCCAACCUAAUCUUGGGCCUUCUUUCCCCAUGGGACCUUUUCUUUCUCAGUUUGCUUUUCCCCAGGACAUCACAGUAGUUCCACAGGCUUCUGAGAUCUUAGCUAAAAUGUCUGAGUUAGUCCAUCGAAGGUUGAGGCAUGGAAGUAAUAGUUAUCCCCCUGUAAUUUAUAGUCCACUCAUGCCAAAAGGAGCCACCUGUUUUGAGUGCAACAUAACAUUCAACAAUCUGGACAACUACUUGGUACACAAAAAGCAUUACUGCAGCAGUCGAUGGCAACAAAUGGCAAAGUCACCAGAUUUUGGCAGUAUGUCAGAAAAAAUGCCAGAGGCUGUGAGUCCCAACAAUGGUCAAAAUUCUAUCAACAUUUUGAGUACUGCACCUCACGCUUCAGACUCUGAGAAUCAACUUCUCCAGACAUCUUGUAUCAACUCCUCCACUGUAUUAGAAAUGAUUGGGUCAAAUGGUAAAGGUCAUGAGAAAGAUUUUUCAUCACAGGUGAAGAAGCUCUCAAAUGUAGCCAACAGUGAUGAGAAAAUGAAUGGUAAACCAACUGAUAACAAGAAUCCAACUACUACUCCAUUAAUAGAAGGAGAAAGUGAUCCUAACAAGACCACAUGUGAAGCUUGCAAUAUCACUUUCAGUAGGCAUGAAACAUACAUGGUCCACAAGCAGUAUUAUUGUGCUACGCGCCAUGAUCCUCCACUUAAAAGAUCAGCUUCCAACAAAGUGCCUGCCAUGCAGAGGACAAUGCGUACACGCAAGCGAAGGAAGAUGUAUGAGAUGUGCCUACCAGAGCAAGAGCAAAGGCCACAGCUGGUCCAGCAACGUUUUCUUGAGGUAGCUAAUCUUGCCAAUCCAUGUACAUCUUCUCAAGAACAAACAGAUGGCCUUGGAGAGUGCUACCAUCCACGCUGUGAUAUAUUUCCAGGAAUAGUCUCAAAGCAUUUAGAAACAUCAUUAUCCAUUAAUAAAUGUGUUCCAGCCACAAAAUGUGACACACCACAUUCCACUGUUUCCUGCUUGGAGAUGGAUGUGCCCAUAGACCUUAGUAAAAAAUGUUUGUCCCAGUCCGACAGGACAUCCACUUCCCCCAAAAGAUUGCUGGACUACCAUGAAUGCACAGUUUGCAAGAUAAGUUUUAACAAAGUAGAGAAUUACCUGGCCCAUAAGCAGAAUUUUUGCCCUGUCACUGUGCAUCAGCGUAAUGAAAUGGGACAACUUGAUGGCAAAGUAUUUCAGAACCCAGAAAGUGAACGAAACAGCCCAGAAGUUAGUUACGAACGAAGCAUAAUCAAAUGUGAGAAAAAUGGAAAUUCAAAACAAUCUUCUCCCAAUGGAAACUUGUUUUCUACGCACUUAGCAACUCUUCAAGGACUUAAGGUCUUUAGUGAAGCCGCCCAGCUUAUUGCUACAAAAGAAGAAAACAAACACUUGUUUCUUCCACAAUGCCUUUACCCAGGAGCAAUAAAGAAAGCUAAAGGAGCAGAUCAGCUUUCUCCCUAUUAUGGAAUAAAGCCAAGUGAUUACAUUUCUAGUUCCCUUGCUGUUCAUAGCAAUGAUGCAGAUCAAAGUACAAAUGCAGAAGGUGAUUCUCUCAAGGGCCAGGCCCCCUCAAAUGGGUGCCCUGUACAGAAGAAGGAAUCUCUGCCAUUAUUGCCAAAAAACAGGGGCAUGGUUAUAGUUAAUGGUGGACUAAAACAGGAGGAAAGGCCUACAGCAAACCCACAACAGGAGAACAUUUCCCAGAAUCCUCAGCAGAAUGAAGAUGGACACAAAUCUCCAUCUUGGGCCUCUGAUAAUGCUUUAGCUGCCAAUGAAAAUGUUUCUCCAACCAUUCCUGUAGCAGAAGAACAGUUACCUAGUAUAACAAAAGGUGUGAAUGGCUCUACUCAGGCUCCCACCAGUGGAAAGUAUUGCCGCCUGUGUGACAUCCAGUUCAACAACCUAUCAAACUUUAUAACUCAUAAGAAGUUUUAUUGCUCGUCACAUGCAGCAGAACAUGUCAAAUGAAAAUACUUGGUCUACCUUUGGUAUCCGUGUUUAGUAUAUUGUUCCAUACAAGUCUGAAAGAGAGCUGUUUGUAUUACUUCUGGACAAUCAGGCAUUAAUUCAUUAUUGCUGAGUUGAAGACUUUAAAGGUGUACUUCCAUUACGGUCCAUUAGUAAAGUGUAUUCUUGGUGCCAUUUUCAAAACAAUUAAUUUAUUUUACCAGCAGUAUUCAUAGCUGUAGUUAUUUUUGAUUUAAAAAAAACUUUAUAUUAAAGUCAUUUGUAAUGUUAUUGUAUAGUUAUUGUGUAGCACAUAUGGUUUGCACUGUAUAGUAGAUUUUAAAGAAAAUAGUCACAAACUAUACGGAAAAACAUUUUAGAAAUAGCUUCAAAAGCACCUGUGUAUCCUAUUUUUUCCCCCUUAUAUGCUAUUGCAGAUAUAUGUAGAUGCUAAAAUAUAACUUGCAACAAGUUUCAACUAUGCUGUAAAGUUCGCCUUAAAAUUUCAAUUUUUGAUGAAUUUGGCUCAGUUUGCACUUUAUAUUUUAGCAGAUACAGUACCUUAGUCACUAGGCUUUGCAUUUGUAUGUAGCAGUAUGUUUCUGUCUACUUUCUUAACCCGAAACGUCCGUUAAAACGAAGAUGGCAAUUUUUUUCCUUGUAUAGUACUUGUAUUUUCUUUCGCUGAUGCAUCUCUGUCUCGAUUUUUAAACCUUUGCUGUUAAAUGCAAUACUUUAUAAAGAAUGAACAAAAAUUACUGGAAGCAGUAUUGUAAGUAAUGAGGUCAUAUCUAUCAGUUUUAUCUUUUGAAAGGCACAGUCAAAAUGAAAUCCUUAACUCAAUGCUGCAAGUAUGAAUCUAAUUCAUUUAUAAGAUAUAUUUAAAUAUAAAAGUAGCAAUACUGCAACUGGUGAUCACAGAGAUAAUGUUCUACUUCUGAUAGAAAUAAUUUCUCAACAAAUGUUGUUACUAUGCAUGUAUAUGGAUGGAAUAAAAUUCCAG